AUGGAGGUGCAGCUGGGGGUCGGUCGCGUCUACCUGCGACCGGUGGGCAGAAACUUCCGCGGGGCUUUUCAGAGCUUCUUCCAGAGCGUCUGCGACGCUUUCCAGCCGCCGCGAGAGGAACCGGGGGCCGGGCAGCCGCCGCCAAGCGCGCCCUACCCGCCGAGUCCCCGGCCGCUGCCGGACCCCCCCGCCUGCCUGCCGCCCCCCGAGCCCCGCGCCGCCGGUAAGGCGCUGCUGGCCGCCGGCCCCGCCAUGGGCUCGUCCUUCCCCUGCGCCAGAGAGCUGAGGGAGCUGCUGGACGAGGCAGAUGCGAUGCCGCUGCUGCUGCCGUCCGAGACCGAGCCGGCGGACAAGGAAGACCCGGUGGGCGACAGUGCCCGUCAGCUUUGCCGCGCCGUGUCCGCCUCCAUGGGGCUGGCGCUGGAGGCGCUGGAGACUCCGGCUGAGCCGCUGCCCCGCGAGGACUGCAUGUUCGCCGUGCCCGCCGGGCCGGUCCGCGCCCCGCGCUCGCCUGCCCGUGACCCCUCGCCCGCCUUCGAGGCCGCCCUGGCCGCCGAGCCGACCGCCGGGCCUGGGCUGCCCCGCGGUUUCGGCCUCUUCAAGCUGGAGAGCGCGGCGGGACCGGCCACGGGCGGCGGCUGGGGCGGCCCGUAUCGCUUCGGGGCCGAGCCGGUCCCGCCGGGCCCCGCGCCCCCCUGGCCCACCUUCUUCGCUGAGGAGGGGCAGCUGUACGGGCCGUGCCCCGAGCGGCCUGCCGGGCCCGCCUACUGCCCUGCCGAUGCCUGGUACCCACCGGGCCGGGCGCCUUUCGCCGCCCCCGGCAUCAAGAGCGAGCUGGAGCCCUGGAUCGAAGGCUACGCUGGCGCUUACGGUGCCCUCCGGCUGGAGACUGGCCGUGAUCAUGUCCUGCCCAUUGACUAUUACUUCCCACCUCAGAAGACCUGUCUGAUCUGUGGAGACGAAGCAUCUGGGUGCCAUUAUGGAGCCCUCACAUGUGGGAGCUGCAAAGUGUUCUUCCAACGUGCAGCUGAAGGUAAACAGAAAUACCUCUGCGCCAGUCAGAACGACUGCACCAUUGACAAGUUCCGAAGGAAAAACUGUCCCUGCUGCCGCCUGCGGAAGUGCUAUGAGGCUGGGAUGACUCUCAGAGCCCGCAAGCUGAAGAAACUGGGUAACCUGAAGGCACAGGACGUCAUGGGAGCCAGCUCAUCCAGCCCUAUGGAGGAGCAAGCUCCCAAGCUGGUGAUACACAUUGAUGGCUACGAGUGCCAGCCCAUCUUCCUCAAUGUCCUGGAGGCCAUCGAGCCUGGUGUGGUGUGUGCUGGCCAUGACAACAGCCAGCCUGACUCCUUCUCCAACCUGCUGACCAGCCUGAAUGAGCUUGGGGAGCGGCAGCUGGUCUACGGGGUCAAAUGGGCAAAGGCUCUGCCAGGAUUUCGCAACCUGCAUAUGGAUGACCAGAUGUCAAUAAUCCAGUACUCUUGGAUGGGCCUGAUGGUGUUUGCUAUGGGGUGGAGAUCCUUCACCAACGUCAAUUCCAGGAUGCUUUACUUCGCUCCAGACCUUGUCUUCAAUGAGUACCGCAUGCACAAAUCCAGGAUGUACAGCCAGUGCAUCAGGAUGCGGAACCUCUCCCAGGAAUUUGGGUGGCUUCAGAUCACACCCCAGGAGUUCCUCUGUAUGAAGGCUCUCCUCUUCUUCAGUAUUAUUCCAGUGGAUGGCCUGAAGAACCAGAAGCUCUUCAAUGAGCUCCGCAUGAAUUACAUUAAGGAACUUGACCGUAUCAUUGCCUGCAAGAAGAAAAACCCCACCUCCUGCUCCCAGAGGUUUUACCAGCUCACCAAGGUCCUGGAUUCCGUGCAUCCGAUUGCCAAGGACCUGCAUCAGUUUACAUUUGAUCUCCUAAUCAAGGCACACAUGGUGAGCGUGGACUACCCAGAAAUGAUGGCCGAGAUAAUCUCUGUGCAGGUUCCCAAGAUCCUGUCGGGAAAAGUCAAGCCUAUCUACUUCCACGCACAGUGAUCUUUCAGAGGGACUCCCAUGUUGACACCCCCAUUCCAGCCAUCUCCUGCCUGUUACUUCUGCACUACUGUCUUGCAGUGCCUUGGGGAAUCCCUCUGUAGCAGUGGCCAAGGGGACAGGCAGUGACAGACAUGCUGGGAUUCCUGAGAUUACUAUUUUCCUGAGGUACCUCUGAACUGAACCCCUGGUGCUGGCCUCUGCCUGGCUCCAGCUGCUCACGGUGCUGGACAGGGACUGGCUGGGGCAGUGGCACCACAUCUGAGUGUUCUGUUUGUCACUCUGACUCCAGCAGCCCAGGGCCACGGGACAACAGGAGAAGUGCUAGCAAUUGGUGGGUUUGGGGUGAUUUUUAUAAAAAGAACACAACACAAAGCAGGUUGCAGCUCCACAUUUGGGUGUAGGUUAUGUUGCCAGCCUCCUCCUUGACAUUUUGUUUACAUUAUGGUGCUGGGAAGCAGAUAAGUUCAAACAUCAUUGCAGAAGAGAAGCAGAGCAGAGCUGGGGGACAAGGCAAAUUUGUGGCUGAGGAGUUCAUGGGCCCUGCAGCCUCUGUGGGAUCUGCUCCGGUUAGCUCGGCCCUAGGACCUGCCUGUGCUGCUGAGACAUGAGUGAUGGAGCCAACAGGCUGCAGUGGAAGGCCUGCCAAGGAAGAUCACCUUGGAAAUCCCCCAAUGGCGGCUGACUCCUGUUUUCCACCUGGUAUGUUUUUCCUCUGGCCUGUCCAGCUGGGUCUUGGUCUGCCCCACAGACCCCCGGGUGCUUAGCAGUCACAUUUCUGUCCUCACCAGCUGCUGCUCCCUGACAAAGCCGAACCCACCUUUGAAAGUGCCUGAUGCCCUUGGACUUCACACCUGCCUGGCUCCCCUAGGCACCUGCAGCCCCUGCCCUGCACCUGCAGCCCCUGCCCCUACACCUGCUCUGCUCCUGUCAUGGCUCUGCAGACCUAGGAUUCCAGCUAUGCUCCUUCCUUUCAUUUGUCCCAAAUAUUUUGUCCCAACUAUUUUUUCCAAUGCCAGCAGAUGAGUGUUCUGGAGCCAAGACCAAGGCCAGGGUCUGCGGGACCUGUGGGACCAUGGAACUCCUCUCUGAAUACUGUCCAUGGGGAGGUGGAAGUGGGAACUGGCUGGUGCCACCACAGCACUUCAGGGGGCUGGAAGGGAAGCACCAAGAGACCCUCUGCUCUUGGAAGCAGCGCACACAGCUCCUGCUGAUGGCAGUGGCUGAUUGCAGCCCAGGAGGACACAAUUGUGCACUCGUCCCAUGUACAUGGUCCUGUAUGUACCACACCACCCACACACCAUGCCUUACACACUCCCCCACGCACACCACCCCAUGUGCAUCGCCCCACACACCCAGCCUGUCCCCAGCACACACACAGCGGCCAGGCCUAUGUGCCCUGUGGUAUUUUAGUUCCUCUCUUCCUGCACAUCCUGAGUACAUCAAAACCACCUGCUCAGACCCAGACAGGCUGUCAGUGACCCCACAUGCACAGGCUGGUGCCAGGGUCACACAUGCCAUCAUGGGCUGUGACAUGGUCUAGCAUUACCAACCCAGACAUCUACUAGGGAUCCUUGUGCUGGCACAGACAAACAGCAAACUCUGCACCCUCCCAGGGCAGUGAGCCCACCCAGAGCCCUGUGCCCACUCCGUGUCCAGCUCUUCAGGAAAUGCUGUCAUGGUGCUCCUUUACAUACUUGCAGUAAAACAAACAAUUUCCCUGAUACUUUCCCACCUUUUUAUGGGAUUUUCAUUAUAUGAAGGAGUGGGGGAAAAGCCCCUGUUGAAGGGAAGGAUCUUUCUUUGCAAUGGUUUUUGUUCCUCCGCUAGAUAUGGCUCAGAUCCCACUCCUCCUCCUGAAAUACUCUCAUGUAGGCAGCAACAGAAUCCGUAGGUGAAUUUUCUGGCUGGUAGCCAGCAGGUUGCUGCUCUCAGAGGCUCUCCCAUGCCAGGGAGCUGCUGGGAUUCUCAAUGCUGGUGUGAGUUACAGAUAUUUGCAAAUGAAAUGGUAAAAAAAUCCAGCUGGUGCAUCCCUGUCUUCUGGAAAUUUCCCUAGCUCUUCACAGCAGAGCUCAAUGAGCAGAUGAGUGGUGAUUCCCAGUUCCUGUUAUCUCAGGAUGGCUCGAAGCAGGUGGAACAGCAAUUUGGGAGAGCUCUGUGUUUCACACAAGCUCAUGUCACUGAAGAUUUUGUUGGUUAAUGAAUGUGGCAGUGUCCUGCUGGGUAUUCAUCUGCUGGGAGACUGGAAAGAGGCCAAACCUAACAGGGAAUUUCCCAUACUGUUUCUCUGGUGGGAGCACCAUGCAAAUGAGAAGUGGGGGAGCGAGGAAAGGAUACUGCCAGUGUAUCACCUGCCCCGUGCGUGUCACCUGGUGUGAAGCUGCUCUGGACAGCGAGUGCUGAGCAGGGCAGGAGCUCAUGAGGAGCACCCCCAGCCCAGGACAGAGGGGCAGUCAGGGGCAUUGAGGUCAUGUUCUCUGUCUCUUCAGUAUCAUAGUAAACUUCUGCAACUUGUUCAUUCAAAAGUUUGGUUUCUACAAUAUAAUUACCAAGAAAUGUGAGAGCCAGGACUUGCAGCACCUGUGUGUAUAUUUGCUGGGGGAAUUAAUGUUGUUUCCAUGUGGAUUUUCAUGAGCUGCUGCAGGAAUUGGGGAAGAAGAGUCCAACUGCUGCCAUUUAUCUUUAUGCUUUUUGUUUUCUUCUGCAUUUUAUGUCUACUUUUGCUUUAAUAAAGCAAGGAGAAUUUCACCGUGUUCACAGUCCCAAAGAAGCUAUCCCUGAGGCUCUCCUUGGGCUGGCUGAGCCCUGGAGUGGGGACCCCCUGGGUGUCACAGCUGAGAGCCAACCAUCUCCAUGUUCCCCUGUGGAUUCGCUGACUCUGCUCUGGCUCAUCUCAGAGGUGUGGAGAGUUGAGCUGGCUCAGUCUGGGUUGUGGCUCAGCCCAUCAGCUCCUGCCCAAGGCAGCAGAUGGAGGACAAGGGAUACAGACAUUGGCAUCUCCCUGGGAGCAGUGUUUGUGCAUGGAUGGGCACCAUUCCAUAACAGAGGGUGUGGGAUAAAGGAUGCUGCCUUUAGUGAGGGCAGGAGGGAUGCUUCCUCAGCCCUGUGUCAUGCCAGAAGCAGUGAGACAGAUCAAAUGGUGCAAUGGUGUGCAGCAUUCCCAGGGCAGGGGUCACCAACCUGUGCCCACCUGAGCCUGACAGGCUCCUGCCAGCCCCCUGCCUCAGCAGGGAGCUCGGUUCAGCAGGAGCAAGAGACAGGACAGCAGCUCUCUGCUUGGAGAGGCUGUGGUUGAGUCUGGAGAACCGACAGCAUCCACAUACCACUUCCAUAAUGUCCAAGAGGCCCUUUGUGCUUGGCUCAGGGAACAGGGUGCUUGGUGAGGGAGGUGAAGCUGAGGCAGGACCCUCCCUGUGGUAGCACUCCUUGUUUUGGGCUGUGGAGUUGUUGCUGUGGUCUGUAGGGAAUGCUGAGGGGUACUCGAGGUGUCACCUGCCUCCCAGCCAGCCUGAGAGCUGCUGCCCUCUCAGUCACCUCCCACCAGUCGCCAGCGCUGCAGUCCCUGUGGUGUCCCUCCCCUUGCUGAGCUCUAGCCCUGGAUGUUUCAAUAACAUAAUGUAUGCUAAAAUUAUCUAUCUCUAUAUAGAUUAAAGGCAUGGCCCAUUUUCUGUUGCUAAAGAUACUUAUUUAGUGACAUGCCCUAAGAGUCCUCUCUGGUUGCAUGCUGAGGUACUGGAUGCUCUGCAGGAGACGAGUCAGAAUGUGCCAAUUUAAUGGAGACUUUUAAUUAUUUUUCUGGCUGGGUGCUGCCCAGUUUGCAAAGGUCUCCCCUUCUGAGGCAUGCACAGAGCACAUUCUGGCAUAGACUGGGGUCAGCUUCUCCAGCUUUUCUGUGUCUUCUUGAGGUUGGACAAGGGACAGUGUUUGCAUUUGGGGAACAACAGAGUAUCCCUUGUUUCUUCCCUCUUUGACUGGCACAAAGCAUCCUCACACAUUUGGGCAGAAUGCUGGGAUUACAGAGAGUGGCUGUGUUCUACCUGUUUGCAGGCCCAGGGCUGGCUGUGGGCACUGUGGAUGGCUGUGGCAGGCAGGGUGUCCUGGCCCCUUCGGGUGGGUCAGAGUCUCCCCUGCUCCCUGCACUCAUUCCCUUCAGCAGCAGAGGGACGCUGUGCUUGUGACUCACAGAGUAAAUCUCUGCACCCACAUAAACCCUUAGCAAGUGGAUAAAAGCUGCUCUCUGUGCUGGAUAUUUGGUGUUCUGUGGUAAUUUUAUGCCGUUUCUCUUUGUUAACAUGUCUCUGUAGUAAUAAGAGUUCUCUAUUUGAUAUAUUUUACUUUCUUUGUAAUAAGCCAAAAAGCUCAUUGCUGGUGCCUUUUUGCCUGGGGGAGCCUCCCAGCCCACAGAUGUGUUCCUGGGAGUAACAAAGGCCAGUGUCUGCAAUUGCUCCUUCCACUGGGGGAAAGAGAGAAGCCAAUACCACAGCAUUGCCAGAAGAAAAAGAGCCAGCAGCCUUGGAAUGGCAGAGAGACUUUGGGGUAUGAUGCUGGUUCUUUCCUGGGGCCUGGCUCCAAGGUGAGGGCUGAGCAUGAUACUGGGGAUGCCUUGGGCCCAUUUCAGUGGGACUGUGACUCUGGAGACCCCACAAACCUCAUGAUACAGGUGCAGUGCACACAGCCUGGUCUGGCUCAGUUUGGAAUCGCAGUGCUUUGCCCAAAUUAUUGGAACUGAAUGCAUUGGAUAAGGAAGAGAGAGCCUCAGAGUGUUCUAGUCUCAUGAGGGCUGGACUGUGGUGACAGAUGCUGCUGGGGCCAAUGGGGUGCAGUGCAGGAUGCCCUGGGGACAACUGCAGCUCACAAGUCACCAUGUGAGACUGAAGGACAUUUAUUUGUGUAACCAAAGAGAGGGGCCUGCCUGACACCCAGGUAAAGAAACCAAUGACACCACGCUGGGGAUAAAUGAAAAUUCUCAUUUCUCUUUCAGCCAUGCCUGGGGCCCUUGCAAGACCCCAGCCAUGCGACAGAGUGGCCCCUCAUACAUGGUAUUCAGCUCUUUUUGUAACCUGGAAAUCUGCUGUUGUUCUGAGUCCAAUAAAUGCAGAAUUCAGUUUGCUGGAACUCUACCCUCUGCCUGCAUUUGGCUUUUGUGUCGAUUUUGUGCAUGAAAUCACUGUGGGUGUGACGGCUGCCAGCAAGCAAAGGUGCUGGGAAUCAGUGGGGCAUUCGCUAGUAGAUGAGGCUGUACAUUGGGUCAUUGUAGGCUUUCACAGUCAGAUCUCACUAUUAAUCACGUUUGAACUCGUAAUUCAAUUACAUAUUAAUUGACUAAUCCUUUCAUAUAUUCAUCUUUAGGUCUUUUAAAUUGAAUUUCAGUUGAUUAAUGUAUUUCUCAAAGCAAGGAGAUAAUAAAGGCCAGAGUCCUCCUGCUCUUGUCAUUGUUUUUGGUAUCUUUAUGAACAGUUGUAAAUCCAUUCUUCUGGAACAUCUUUAUAAAAUUGACCUAUGCUCUCCAAGUAAUAGAGAAGAUGCUUAUCAGCCACUUGAUAUUUCUAGGCACAGAUGUGACUCCUGCCCAGGGCUAAGAUUUGAUUCACUGAGACAAAGCAAAGAGCUUGGGAAAAAAAAAAAA